UUUUUUCGAGCUAUCCACGAGCGGUCACACUGCACUGUUGGCGUCAAUUUGAAAACAACGGAACUUGAAAAAAUUCAGCGCGUCCUUUGCAGCGUGCUCCGUUUGCCACUCUAUUUUUGGGGAAAUAGUACUGAUUUUCAGUAGAACUCGAAGUUGAAUCAAAGCAACCCGCGUGCAGGCAAUCCCUGCGAGUGAAAACCGAUCCCCUGAAAUACGCAGACAAGCAAAAUGGCGCUCUCCGCCUUGGCGUCCUUUGAUGAUCUGCGACGCUGCAUGCAAGUGCUGACCGAUGGAACUGCCGAGGAGGAGUUCCUGCGGUUCCUGCGCAUGUUCGAGCAGUACCACGAAAAGUGCGCUGGCUACGCGGCCGAGACGGCUAGGAUCCAAAACGAGCUGGACAAGUCGCUGACCAAAAUGGGCGACUUGGAGGGCAAACUGUUUCACGCACGCCGCAUCAUCGACAUGGAGAUCAAGGCGCGUCGCCAGGCGGAACACGAACGGGAUGCCAUGGAGGGCAAAAUCAUGGCUGUGGCGGAUCUGCUGCGUCACGAGCGCAAUCUGAAUAACGAGACCCGCGACAAGCUGGCCUUUCUGCACACACUGCCCUCGUCGAGGAAGCGCAAGUCCCUGAACGCCGUGCGGGAGGACAAGUCCUAUGGCGACAUCAACUCCACCGGAUCGUUGCUGUCCGAUUUGUCUAUUACACACUCCGAGGAUGACUUCCUCGAUGUGCGCACAUCAAAAUCUUGGCGGGAACAUCGUCCCUCGCUGCCCAAGAAUCAGAUUCCUAGCGUCGGCAACAAGAGAUCGCGAUUGAGUACAGGACUCAAUGGCAGUAUGUCCGGUAAUACACCAACCACCGGUAAGUCGCGGCGCUCUGGCGUCGGUAUCGGAGUGGAGCAACACACGGUGGACGUGGGUCAAGGCGCUGAGCGCUUUUGUGCCACUACCAAAGUCACCAUACCGCAGGAUGGACAGGGUGUGAUUCGAGCAGAGUCGACCAUUGAGUCGCUGCCCGUGAUUGGCGGCAACGAGAAGAUCGGCGAUGGACUGUCCUCGACGCCACGGCGAUCGGUCCUUAAGGAGGCCACCGCACCGCCGCUGACGCCGGUAAAUGCGAUGGCACCCCACGUGAUCGCUGAGUCCGGAACGCCUUUGCAGCACCGUCCGCUGAUGAGGAACCACACCUUCAGUCAGAAGACAUUCUUGCGUGGCGACAAUUGCGUCCAGUGCCAGAAACGCAUACGGUUUGGGGCCGUUGGCCUGAGAUGUCGGGACUGCCCGGUGCGCUGUCACAUUGAUUGCCGGUAUCUGCUCACCGUUAGCUGUGUGCCACAAACGGGAACACCCACAACGAAGACCUUGACUGGCUAUGUCUCAGACUUUGCACCAUCCAUUGCACCCAUGAUCCCGGCACUGGUUGUGCACUGCGUAAACGAGAUUGAGGCCCGCGGCCUCACCGAGGUAGGCCUUUAUCGGUUGUCCUCGUCGGAGCGGGAGUACAAGGCCCUCAAGGAGCAGUUUUUGCGAGGCAAGGCAACUCCUCAUUUGGGCAACACCGAUAUCUAUGUGCUGUGCUGUUGUGUUAAGGAUUUUCUGAGGUCCCUAACAGAGCCUCUUAUUCCUACUAGCCAGUGGAAGGAUUUCGCAAACGCAGUCCAAAAUCCUGACACCAAAACAUCGCAGGAUAUUCUGAUCAAGUCGGUGAAGCAGCUACCUCAAGCCAAUAGGGACACGCUGGCCUUCCUCAUACUGCACUUCCAGCGAAUUGCCCAGUGCCCAGUCGUGCUAAUGCCGAUCGAUAACAUCUCGCUCAUUUUUGGCCCCACCAUUGUGGGUUACUCCACACCAAAUCCCGAUCAUCAUGCGAUCUACACGGAAGUUUUCACCCAGAAUCAGGUGAUGAAGGCACUCCUUGAGCUGCCCGUUUCGUUCUGGGAGCAAUAUAUCGUUAUAGAUCCGACAAGAACGCCGGCCACAGUGAUCAAGCGGGUGCCCAGCAACAAAAAUGAUUUGCUUUCGUUAUAUGCUACUCCCUUCAAAGGCGGUACCAUAAAGAAGCGGAAGUUUUACGGCACACCGCCGGCAUCUGCGCAUAAGAAAUAACUUGACUUUCCUUGUUGGAAAGCAUUUGACGUGUUACUUAAGUUUACUUCAAGUAUUUGCAGUUUUUUGUUUCCGGCCAGCCAACCCCGAGCUGUAUUUGUACCCAACUAACCAUAAGCUUUUCUUUAUAAUUACCACGUUCUACUAUAAACUAAAGCACGUUAUUCGUACUAACGUAAGUAUACUCACCAGAGAAAUAAAGUAAAAUAUGCAUUUGAAAAGCAAUAAGAACAAUGAACAAACCUAUGAAUAAACGAAAGGAAUAUACAACUUCUUAUACCACAAAA